UACGAAGAGGCUUUUGAGUUGGCUGGUCACGGUAAAUACAAUUAUCUAGUACUUCUAACAUGUUGUAUUAUAUCUGUGGCUGUAGCGUUGGACAUGUUUGGUUUUGGAGUAGUAGUGGCUGCCGCUAGCUGCGACUUGGAGCUAACUAUUGGACAGACAGGAUUGCUUGUUGGAUCGCCGUUUACUGGUCUCCUCUUUGCAUACUUGUGGGGUUACUACGCAGACACUCGCGGCAGACGGCGAGCCCUUCUGCUGUCUACUUCAGCUGGCUUUAUCUUUGGGGCUCUCACCAGUUUUGCUGUGAACUGGGAGAUGAUGCUUAUAACCAAGAUUAUCUGCUCUAGUUUUUCAAUAGCAUCUCAUACAUUAACAAUCACAUAUCUUGGGGAGAGUACUAGAAUUCAAAAUCGAAGCCAGUAUAUCUUUAUUAUGAACUCAAUGAAUUUGGGUGCAGAAGUUAUAUCUUUCGGUCUUGCGUAUUUUAUUUUACCAUUAACGUUUGCUUAUCCAUUAUUCUCGUUGCCUAUAAUCUACAAUUCCUGGAGGCUGUACACCUUCAUCUUAGCAACUCCACUCGGAAUUGGAGCAUUACUUCUAUGUUGUCUUUACGAAAGUCCUAAGUUCUUGGCUGGAAAAAGAGGGGAUGAGGCAAUAGAUAUUUUAAGAAAAAUAUUUCUUUUUAAUGGCGGAGAUGAAACAGCUUUUCCAGUGAAGUCAUUCCACCUUACUUCCGACGUACAAAGUAAAUCCUUCUGUGGUUCUCUUACAACUCAAGCAUCACCUCUGUUCACACCUCCCUUACUGUGGAGGACUAUACAAUUGUUCUUCUUACUGGCGUUGGCUUGUUCUAUCAAUAACGCAUUCAUAAUGUGGUUUCCGACGAUGGUAGAUAUGUUUUUCCAUUCAAUGGCUUCAGGAGAUAAUAUUGGAUUUUCCUUCUGUGAUAGCAUUCGAAACGCCACCGUAUCUCAAAAUGUUGUUGAAAAGUCAUGUUCAGGAGUAAUAUCUGAAGAAACUCUAUACUCUGGCGUGUUUGCAAGUUUAUUUUUCGCCGUAUUAAAUCUUGUGGUAGCUAUGUUCGCCACGUGGCGUCGCCUAGUCUUAAUUUCCGCGUUUUUUGUAUCCGCUGCGAGUUGUUUAGCAGUAGUUUUACAAAAUCAUCCCAUAGCAAGUGUGCUAUUCUACGCAUUAAUACAAACGUCGGCUAUUGGUUUGGGCAGUGUGUCUUCUUUCUUCGUUGAUAUCUAUCCCACCACUUGCAGCGGUCUAGCGACUAGUCUUGGUUUCAUGUUUGCUCGCUUCGCCUCGCUGACGAGCGUCACAGUGAUCGGGGCGACCAUCGUCGGUUACUGUAAUGGUCGGUACAACUAUCUGGCUCUCUUCGCGUGUUCGGUGAUAUGCAUCGCCGUAUCUUUGGAUAUCUUUGGCUUCAGCGUGGUGGUAGAUGCAGCAGCCUGUGACCUGGAAUUGACAAUCCAGCAGGUGGGACUGCUGGUCAGCUCGCCGUUGGUGGGUAUACUCUUCGCCUACCCAUGGGGCUAUUUAGCAGAUACGCAAGGCAGAAGGCUGGCGAUACUGAUAUCCACUUCAGUAGGCUUUGUUUUUAGUGCCUUGAGCAGUUUUGCAGUUAACUGGCAAAUGAUGUUAGCUGCUAAAGUCGUUGGAAGCAGUUUCUCUUUGUCAUCGUUAACACUGAUAAUGACGUACCUUGGGGAAAGUGUUGUAUCUAAACACAGAAAUGAAUAUCUGUUCCUCAUGAACAGUGUUAAUUUGGGCGCUGAAAUGGUCACAUUUGGUCUAGCCCUCCUCCUGUUACCCUUGCCAAUUGCAUUAUAUAUCCCCUGGUUAUCCAUAAAAUUCGUGUCUUGGAGACUCUAUACACUUGUUAUAUCGCUUCCAAUGGGGAUUGGUGCUUUGCUGAUGAUGAGACUUCAAGAAAGUCCCAAGUUUUUAUUCAGUAAAGGAAAAGAAGAUAAAGCUUUACAAGUAUUGAGGAAGAUUUUUGUUGCGAAUGGUGGGAAAAAGAGUCAAUAUCCAGUAAAAUCUUUAAAAAAAGUCAACUGCUAUAAAAUUAGAAGCUCAUUCUGCGGCUCGCUAGCGCGGCAGACGGUGCCGGUGUUCACGCCACCACUACUGUGGCGGACGUUACAGUUAUUUUACUUGGUGAUUUUGGUUACUGCCAUUAAUAACAUAUGUUUGAUGUGGUUUCCUACAAUGCUGGAUCUAGUUUUCAACUCGGAUGCGUCAGUCACAGUAUCGGGAACCUUCUGUGAGAGUCUUGUUAAGAACGUUACAAGAUCAAGGCCCUUGCAGAAUAUUUGCGAGGAACCCGUCUCAACGAAGACAUUAACAGCAGGACUUCUGACCAGCAUGUUCUUCGGUCUCCUCAACUUGUCUGUAUCGAAGCUCGCGGUCUGGCGGCGGUGUGUGCUGAUGUCAGCGUAUCUGAUCUCUGCUAUCAGCUGUGUUAUGGUAACAGUUUUGAAGCAACCCAUAGCUAGCGUUAUAUUCUUUGCAUUGAUACAAAUCGUUGGGCUUGGGAUCGGUUGUUUGGCCUCUUAUUUCAAUGACAUCUACCCUACUUCGUGCAGGAGUCUAGCAACAAAUCUAGGUUUUAUGGUGGCACGGUCUAUGGCCCUAGUUGGGAUCAUUGUGAUCGGUGACGUUGUAGUGGAUCACUGCAAUCUCAUCUUCUACACAGCCGGUGUCGCGUUUUUGUCUGGUAUUGUUACUGCAUUGUUCCUGCCAUCAGAUAAACGGCUGAACGAUUAAUUUUGUUAAACGAUAUAAUUACUCUAGUCCAUAUAUUUUUAAGAUUUUUUUUUAAAUUAAAUAGGUUUUGUAUGUUUUAUAUUAUUUUUAAUUGAUGACUAAAGUUUAGAACACGGGCUAUUUUCAACAUAGAAUUAUAUUGUA